UCUGGCUCUGGAAAAAGCACAAACUUAUUGCAAGCUGCUCGAUUUAUUUCAUCUGUUACCGUUGAAAAGAGGUCACCAAUGCACAAAUUUAUUUCACUGACAACACUGAUACAUGCAUUUUGCGGUGCCAAAACAAGAAAAAAUGACCGCGCAACAAGAAUUGGUUACUCUCUUGAUCUAAUGACUAAGAAUGGAUCAAUCUAUGGCUUUGCACCAAAGUUAUUGCUUCCUUUAGAGCUAGUACGGCUUGUGUCACAACGACAGGGAGAAAAAAAUUUUGAAAUAUUUUACCAUCUAUGUGCUGGUCUUAGCCCCGAGUUGCGGCGUAAAUUUGGCUUAAAAGAAGCACAAAAAUACUUCUACCUCAAUCUGGGAAGAUGUUCAAUAGAUAACGAGGCUGCUGAGCAGGAGAAAUUUGCCAACUUGCAGAACGCAUUCAAAGCAUUAGACAUGUCCGAUGACCAACAAACAUUUAUUUUUAGAAUUCUGGCCGCAAUAUUACAUCUGGGCAAUCUAUUCUUUACGGCAAAAAAGGUUCAAGACGAUGAGGCUGCAAAGGUAGAAAUUGCUAAUGAAGCCGAAAUAAAAUGGACUGCAUAUCUUCUUGAAAUUGAUAUUGAUGAAUGGAGAUCACUUUUUCUAAAAAAGAAAACAACUGGAGAAGAACCAACGACAGUACCAUUAACUCUGGAUCAAGCCCUAGAUAUGCGUGAUUCGAUUGCUCAAGUCAUUUAUAAUUCUCUCGUACAAUGGAUCAUAUCGCUUAUUGCGAACGACUACGGAUGUACCAAUCAUUCUGGUGUUAUAAGCUUACUAGAUUACUACGGUUUUGAGCGAUACAACAAUAAUGCCUACGAACACUUGUGUGUAAAUAUUGUCAACGAGUGUAUUGAAAGCUUCUAUGUUAAAAAAGUAUUCAAAGACGUGCAAAAAGAGCUUGAUGAAGAAAUGAUCAAGAUGGAUUACCAGGUCCCAUCGUGGAUUGACAAUAAACGUGUCCUAGAUUUAUUGCUCAAACGACCAGAUGGUUUGGUAUUUUUGCUGGAUGAUGAAUGUAAAUUUCCUAAAGCAUCAAAUGAGGGGUAUCUGAGAAGAUGUGAUCUAAAUCAUUCAGAAAAUGGAGUUUAUGGCAAAGCGAGGUCAAAAGAUCGCUUAGAAUUUGCUGUCAAACACUACGCCGGCUUCACUUACUACAACGUUGAUCACUUCGUUCAAAAGAAUCGCCGUCAGAUCUGUUGUCGCGCAGUCCAGUUACUGGCAGGAAGUAAUAUCAAACAAAAAAAACUGAAGUUCGGUAAAGUUGAAACAGCAACUAAAGUAAAUGAGUUUAGGACGCACUGUCAAUUUAUUCGCUGCUUUCGUUCAAACAGUGAACGAUUACCGGAAAAAUUCUGUGAUCAGACAGUAAUGCGACAAAUCAGGGCUUACGCGCUGCUUGAUACAGUGAAAAUGAGUCGACAUGGCUAUAAUUUCAGACAGAAGGUUACAAGCUUUGCCAAAAGGUAUGCUUGCCUUUUGCCUAAAGAAGCCACCGAUUUUCAAAAUGUCAACGAAAAAGUAAAUGAUAUAUUGGAACAGCAAGGAGUAAGAUACCAAGAACGUAAAACAAAUAUUCACUUGAAAGAUGACCUGUACAUGCAUUUGGAAAAACUUCGGAGUAAUAUUCGUGAACGUUCCGCAAUCAUUAUUCAAAAGAUGGUAAGAGGCUUCUUAGCAAGAAAAAAUUACGAAAGACAGCGCCAUGCUGCAGUGGUGCUUCAGUCGGGAUUACGCGCUUGGAAGGCUCGCAAGGAAGUGAAGGCAAAACGGGAAGAAAUGAUACAGAAAAUUGGCUAUGAAACUAGAAGAAGUGGCAGAAUUGGUGACACUACAGAUGUUGGGCCGUCACCAGCAACAGAUUCUGCAGCAUUUGUACAAUAUCUUGAUCUUCCCGAGGAUCUUCAAAAGCAGCUGGCAAUUAUUAGAAACCCUAAAAUGUUCAAAACACGAUCCAUAACACACUACAUUCCAAUGCCAGCAAAAUGUCACAUACCUAAGUUGCCACGACUUAUUGCUAUCGAAGAUUUUGCUGAGUCUUGCUUCAAGGGCCAUCUACUUGGAGCUAGAAGAGAGCCGAUCGUAACACCGUUUCUGCAAAAAGACAAUGACGAAGAUUUUAGAGAAGCUUUGCUUAUAUUUAAAUUAAUUCUUCGAUAUCUGAACGAUACGCAAUUGAGUGAGGAAAAGCUUGCUAUUUUGGGCAAAUACAUUAUUCAAAAGGGUAUAGAUAUGCCUGAACAGAGAGAUGAAAUAUUUGUUCAAUUGUGUAAUCAAACAUAUAAUAACCGAGUGAAAACAAGCUGCAUUCGAGCGUGGACGUUGAUGUUGGGUGCAUGCAACAGUUUUGCACCAAUUUUUAAUGAUGCAAUAUGCUUGUUAAUUACCUACCUUCUUUUUAGUUGUAUUUUCCAAAAAGUAAUUUUGGAAAUGCAAAUUAAAGUGACUUUUAGGGGUAUUGGAGAACCUGAGGGAUGGAGCGUGUCGCUCGUAGACCAAGAUUGGACCAUAGACUGUGCCGAAAAUCAGUACUUGUACGACAUGAUUGCUCAACGUGAACUGCUGUCAAACUACUCGAAACAGGAGCUUUCUACAGUCCUCAACAAAACGUUCUUUGUAGUAUUUGAUAACCAACCGUUCAGUAAAGUGAGCGAUUAA